CGCCUCGACUAUUCUAACUCCCUCCUCAUUUGCCGACCUCAUCGCAGGCUAUCCCCUCUUCAACUCAUCCACCUUACUAACCGUUCUGUAUCUGCCAUCCCUCUCUACCAAUCCCUCCACUGGCCUCCAUUCAGUGUCCUCCACCCCUCUCUGCCAAUCCCUCCACUGGCCUCCACUCAGUGUCCUCCACCCCUCUCUGCCAAUCCCUCCACUGGCCUCCACUCAGUGUCCUCCACCCCUCUCUGCCAAUCCCUCCACUCAGUGUCCUCCACCCCUCUCUGCCAAUCCCUCCACUGGCCUCCACUCAGUGUCCUCCACCCCUCUCUGCCAAUCCCUCCACUGGCCUCCACUCAGUGUCCUCCACCCCUCUCU